AUGAGUUUCUCAAAUGUUACCUAUUCCCUUAUCACAAACCCCGACAAUACACAACGGGUGUGUUUCAAUAAGAUUCAAUCACACGGUUCAUCGCUUUGGAUUGACAAUGCUUUAGAACAAACACUACCUGCAUUUGUUCUUCAAUUUGCUCUUACAAUUGCACUCAACCGUGCUCUCCUCUUCCUCGCCGAAUCAUGCAAUGUACCUCGCAUUGUUCCCAACAUUUUUUCUGGUUUUUUAUUAGGUUCAUCAGCUUUGGGGAAAUGGAAUCCUUUUUUCAACAAUGUAUUCCCUUUCGACAAUAUGUUACCAUUAGAGACAAUGGGAGCAUUAACACUUGUUUACUACGCGUUCUUGCUUGGCUUAGAACUCGACUUGAAACCGAUUACAAGGUUUUACUACAAUAAGAAAGCAAUUGUUGUUGCACUUGUUGGUUUAGUCUUUUCUUUACCCACUGGUAUUGGUUUAUACUACCUUCUUAUAACCGAUAUGGGUCGCAAGUCAUUGUCGCUUUUAGAUAAUGAUAAACACAUGAGAGGUGCAAUAUUUUGGGGGCUAACACUUUCUUGUAGUAGUGAGUUUCCUGAGGUUGCUAAAAUCCUUUUGGAUUUGAAGCUUUUGCUAACGGAGAAUGGACAGUUGGCGUUAACUUCUUCGUUGAUUAAUGACUUGUUCUCCUGGACAUUGCUUUUGAUGGUUCUGACACAAUUAUAUUAUGCUUCGUUGUUUUCGCUAUUUGUCAUCCUCGUACUUGUGUUGGUGUGUUUUUAUGCGAUUCAUCCUUUAGCUAAGUGGCUUGUUAAAAAAUUUGGGAAUGGUGAUCGCGAGUUUGUCGAGUCAGAAGUUGUUGUUCUUCUUCAUGUGGUUUUGCUCAUUGGAUUAGUCUUUGAUGGGUUAGGUGCACAUUCUAUAACAGGAGCUUUCUUUUUAGGGGUUAUUAUUCCGAAGGGUUCGCUUAACAAUGCAAUUCAAGAUAAGGCUUUUGAUUUUGUGUCUGUGUUCAUGAUGCCACUGUUUUAUCUCAUUAUUGGGGAGAGAACACAUAUUCAAGUUUUGGCUUGGGAAACGCAUUGCACAACCGUUGUGAUUGUUAUUGUGUUGGCUUUCUUGGUAAAAUUGGGAUGCAUAUUUGCAGUUUCUUGGAUAUAUCAGAUGCCACACAUGGAAGGAUUAUCGCUCGCACUUCUCAUGAAUACUAAAGGAACAAUGCCGUUAAUCAUUUUGCACACCGCCAUGGAUAGACGCGAACUGGGUAACCAACCCUUUGUGGUGAUGUUGUUGGCAUGUUGGUUAAUGACAGCUAUUUCUGGUCCUAUCUUAGCUAUGAUCACAAAAACCCUUACUACAGGCAGAGUUCCUGGAGGUCAAAGGAAGAAUAUGAAAGGCACACGACCAGACUCAUCACUUAGAGUGUUGGCCUGUGUCCACUCAAAACACGAUGCCAAUGCCAUUGUCGACCUUCUCAAAGCAUCAAGUCCAUCAGUUAGGUCCCCUAUUCAGGUGUUGGCAGUGGAGUUGAUCAAGAUGACAAACCGGCCAACUUCAUCACUAAUAGUAAAAGAUGCUAGGAAGCCAUCAUUUCGCUCAAAUUCAAGCAGGUUAGACAGCAUAAAACGAAACAAUGGUGACAACCUUGGUAGCUUCGACAACCUCAGCCAAGCCAUCUUUGCUGACAAACUCAGAGUUAUCUCCCAAUAUAACUCUAUGCACAAGGAUAUCAUAAACCUCUGCACCCGCAGACAUGUAAACCUCAUUGUAACCACUCUAUACAAACAAGCGACUUACGAUGGAUUAGGUGUUGGCACCGCUACCGCUAGAGCCAUGAACAUAAUCAACAGAGACCAUGAAAACAAAGAUGAGAAGAAAAUAGUGUUGGAGAAUCUAAUAAAAGAAGCACCAUGUUGUUUAGCCAUUUUUGUCGAUCGUGGUUUCAGCGGUGAUGAAAACCAUCCUAAAGAGAAGAAAAUAGCAAUGUUCUACAUUGGUGGUGUUGAUGACCGUGAAGCACUUUCUUAUGCUUGGAGAAUGAGCAGGAACAUGGAGGUUCAAUUAACAGUGGUUAGGCUUGUUUGGGACAAUCCUGAAGAUGAGUUUGAUGAAGUGGACAAAGAAUAUUUAAAAGUGUUUGCACAUCAAACAAUACAUUCGCCAACAGUGAGGUAUCUGGAGAAAAUGGUGAAGAACGAGAACGAAACUGUGAAGCUUUUAAAUAGGAUAGGGAAUAAAGGAUUUGAUAUGUAUAUUAUUGGGAGAGGACAUGGGAGGAAGAUGUCAUUGGCACAAACAGUUGAUCCUGUUUUGGAUGAGCCUAUUUUGGGUCCUCUUGGGGAUACUUUGUCAGAUUUGAAUUCUGCUUCUAAGACAUCUAUCUUGAUAUUUCAAAGAGAUGCUGAAGCUCAGUGUGGUGGCGGGGGUGAUGGUUUGGGGAAACAUGAUGUUUCUGCGACGCCUGUGCGGUUUUUUGGUGGUGGUGUGAAUUCACAACAGGAGAUGUUUGAUCCACCAACGACAUUAGGUCACAAUAUUGAUGUAUAA